CUUGCCUUGCUUUUCCAAUAUUUGAGAGAGAUCAAAAGAGAGAGAGAGAGAGAGAGAAAUGGGGGUUUGGGAUUACAUUUGUUCAACAGGUGACUCACUGAAACGGAACACACCUGAUCUGACGGCCGUUAAGGGUUGGUGCUCGAGCUCUUAUGGUUCCGGCUUGGCUGCCGUUACCAUGAUCGACAACGUUAGGAUCAAGGCCACCCAGACGCUGAGCCAGCACAUGUCGGACGAGGAAACCAUGUCCAAGUUCCGCCUGGUCGCAGCCGAUUUGGCCAAAAACGCUGCCGUUUAUGGCUGCCAGGAGGGUCUCAAGAUCAUCCCAGGGGGAACAUUGGUUUAUGAGACUGUCUCGCGAUCAAUUCGUGGUGAAAAGAAGUUUGAGCGUAAUUGUGAAGUGGAGAUGAAGGCAUUGCAAGCCAGGGUAGCCAAACUGGAGGAAGAAGUCAUUAAGAAGAAGUCUGAAGGUGAUCUUGAGAGAGCAGAUCAGAAGCAUCAUCAGCCUUGCGCAGAUUUGAAGUCAAACGCUUAUAAGAAACCUGAAGAUGUGAUAAGAGCUUUUAUGAAGAAGGAAUUCAUAUUCUUGGAUGAUCUGAUGGUUCCUGAGGUUGGAAGAACUAGGAAGAACCCUAAGUAGAUAUUUAGAUAACGUGGGUGGAGUGAUGAAAUGGUCAAUUACUAGCAAGCCAUGAGAUUUCCUGGUAUAUAUAUGUUUCGUGUGUCUGACAUUUUUCUAUGUUGUGUAAUGAUAUGGCAUGUAAUUAUGGAGCAAUUCAAGAUGAACAGAAGGUAGUCAGGAAAGGAGGGCAUUUGAAAAGGAGAAAUAUUAUGAGUAUUAAAUA